AUGGCUUCUCGCUUUUUCCCCUCGCGCAGAACAGGAUUGGCCCUUGCUGCAGGUUGUCUGCUGUUCUCUACCCUCGCAGCAGCUCAUAGUGGCCCCGGACAUCUCUCCGUGAGCCAGAUUGAGGACCAAUUGCAGAGCUGCCCAGUGGUCGAGUCGCUCAAUGAACACAAGCGCGCCACUCAGCCAGAGACCACUAGCUUGACAGCUAAGAUCUUUGCCGUUCUCUUCCCAAGCAGUCCCGCUGUGAACGCGCUUCUGGCAACACUGUAUAUCUCCGGCCCCCCUAACUUUCUCUUGGCACUAUGCCCGCCCAAUAUCGACCCCUCUUCACUGUCGGUGAUGGUGGCCUUCGCCGUCGGCGGCUUGUUAGGUGAUACUCUCUUCCACCUCCUUCCCGAAAUCUUCGUUGGCGAAGACUCACCCGACCACGUGAGCUUUGUGAUGGUCGAACCCAACAAGAACCUACUCCUCGGUCUGGGUAUCAUGGUUGGCUUCUUCACCUUCGUGGCAAUGGACAAGAUCCUGCGCAUCGCAACCGGCGGCGAGGGCGGCCACGAUCACUCCCACCAUGCGCACGCCGAGUCUAUCGCCGCAGUCGCAUCUGGAGCUGAGACCAAGAAGUCUGGUGAGCUCAAGCAGCGCAAGUCUACCAAGGAGUCUGAGGCGCCAGCAGCUGUCUCGGAGAAGGAAAUUAACCCCAGCGUCAAGCUCGGUGGCUACCUCAAUCUUAUUGCGGACUUCACGCAUAACAUCACUGAUGGCCUGGCGCUGUCUUCCUCCUUCUACGCGUCGCCUACCAUCGGCGCAACUACCACCGUGGCGGUUUUCUUCCACGAGAUUCCCCACGAGGUUGGUGACUUCGCACUGCUCAUUCAGUCGGGCUUCUCGAAGCGUAAGGCCAUGGGGGCUCAGUUCGUCACUGCCAUUGGUGCAUUCUUGGGAACCAUCAUCGGAAUUGCGGUUCAAGAGCUUGGCGGUAACGGUACAAUGUUGGAUGACAUCGAGCCUGUCGGAUUGUGGGGAACUAGCCUUACAUGGGGUGACAUGCUUUUGCCAUUCACCGCCGGAACCUUCUUGUAUGUUGGUACUGUGGCUGUCAUCCCCGAGCUGUUGGAGACUGGUAAGGACAAGGGUGUGGAAAUCCGCAAGACCAUCACCCAAUUCUUGGCUGUUGCCCUUGGUGCUGGUAUCAUGCUUGCCAUUUCCUGGCACUAA